AUGGGGAUGGGUGCUGAGUGUGGUUUUUAUCAAGAGGAGAUGGGUCAAACACAAUGCAAAAAUUGUAGCAACGGUACCUUUGUACAUCCAGAUAAUGCACCUGGACAUUACUCACUUAACUGCAAGGCAUGUCCACGAGGGACUCAGUCCAACAAACAUGCUGGUUACAGGGCAUGCUCUUGUCUUAGAGGUUUUUACCGGUUUGACCGGUUUGGCAGAUGUUGGGCGUGUCCCGCCAAAGGACUUCUCUGUGACAAUGAUUACGCAAUACUUGCGAAGGGUUACUACUGGGAAUGGACCAACCUUACAAGCAAACAACAGUACAGUGAUUUUAUAAAUAACUUGAAAAUCGAAUCGGAUGACUUUGAGCAUGGUGCAUGGAAUUAUACUGGUACUCUCCCCAAGCCCCACAAAUGUCUUCGCGAGUCGUCUUGUCUAGGGGGAUUGAGUUCUAGUUGUGCCGAUGGUUACCAGGGUCCGCUCUGUUCUGAGUGCAAGGAAAACUACUUUGAGAGAAUGAAUAGAUGCAUCCGCUGUCCUUCCAAGUUGCGGGCCGGUUUUGAAAUUGCCGGCGUUAUCAUCGCCUUUGUUGUUAUUCUGCUUGUUCUCCUAUGGGGUGACAAAAGGAGAGUUCUUAGUGGACGAAGCAUUGCUGAUGUCAUACUUUCGUGUUUUAAGAUUGUCAUUGGCUUUUAUCAGGUCAUGGCAGGUUUAUACACAUGCUUUUCAAACAUUGAAUGGCCAACUUCCGUCGUCUGGAUCCAAAAAGCACUUCGCUUUGUCGAGCUUAACCUUCUUGAAUUCGCGCCCCUGAGCUGCUUGAGCCCAGAGUUGUCUUUUAAUAGCCUGCAAGAGUUUGUUGUUGUUCUUAUAUCUAAUGGUGCAGUCGUUUUAGCUAUACUGAUUUAUCUCGCUAUCAGAAUAGUACAACACAAAAACAGAAGAGGCKCAAUGUCGAGUGACAUAGCCGAGUCCAUAGCACACACUAAAAGCUCGUGCAUACGCAAUAUCUGUGUCUUYUUAUUUGCUACUUAUCCAAAGACUUGCACGAGUAUCAUCCAGAUCCUCUCGGUCAACUGUAUACCACUUUGUUCCCAUGACGACGACACGCAUUGUACACACUACCUUAGGAAUGACGUAUCAAUCCGGUGCCAGACCUCUCGCUACCAGAUUUAUUCUAAAGUCGCCCUUGGCUUUCUUCUUUAUCCUGUUGGGCUCCCUGUGGUUAUGAUGUUACUCGUCUGGUAUUACGUACACAAACCCUUAAAGACAGUGACUGCCGACAAUCCAGAAAUUGAAAUGCCUCSGGUAUUACGGGAACACCUCGGGAAUUCAGCAAUUUCGUUUUCUUCUAAUCAAACCAGUUCAUCUUUCAAAUCAGGUUUGAGUGUGUUUUAUGAGAAUUACAGACCUGAGUGCUGGUACUGGGAGACCGUUGAGAUGGUCCGGAAGUUGGUUCUUACUUCCGGGUUGACAAUAAUUGGAAAACAUAGUCGCACCCAAAUUGGUCUUGGAUCAAUCAUUUCCGCUUUAUUUGCUGUUUUAUAUGUAUAUUUCCAUCCAAUUGCAAACUCGUUUGAAAACCACCUCCAAACCGUUGCAUUGAUGGCGGUAUUUCUUAAUCUUGGAAUUGGUGUGAUGUUGAAAGAAUCUGAUGAGAGCAUACCCACAGCUGUCAAUCAGCGCAAUGACAAAGUGGGCGUGUCCAUCUUAAUGGUGAUCAUCAACUCUGCUGUUAUUUCUAUAGUCAUAGUUUCAUGCCUUAAGAUUAUCGUAAAGAGUCUAUACAAAUGGAGUAAGUCCAAUGAGCGCAAGUUUCGCUGCGCAGAUUGCUGUCAGACAUUCGGAAAGUUCUGCUUGGGCCUGCUGGUACCCUCAAAACUGGUAAAUAGCAAUUACCAAAUGCCAGAUAACUACCAGGUACGACAAAAUCUACUGGAGGAAUCAUCUGAACGUCAUUAGACUGAUUAAAACAAAGUUUUAUGACUGCAUAUGAUUAUUAUUAACACUUCAUUGUAUUUUUGCUGAUUCACGUCACCAAAGUUUUUAAUUAUUUGUUUAGUUAGAUCUGGCAAACAAAACAAGCUCYAUUUAUGUAGCCAGUAUUAUUUUAAUGUAUUCUUUAUUAUGUCAAGUAGAUACUUUUGUUAUCAUCAUCUUUAUUAACACGAAGAAUAAGGGUAAAUAAAACAAACAAGCUCUAUAAAACGUGAUAAUUAUGCAUCAUUUGUAAUCAAGAA